AUGGAUCGUCUGGGUGGCUGGAAGCGUAGUCAGGCGGGCCAGGUCAGCAACGUGCGGGCAGCGAGGUACCGGAGGAGAAGGCAGAGAAUGGUCGAGGUCACAAGCCGGGUUCAAAACCUAGCGGACAGCGUGGUACAAGGGGUCAGGCAGAAGGAUGGUCAGGCAAGCCAAGGGUUAAGCAGGAUACAAUCAGCAGGGUCAGGUACAAAGCAGAGACAGAAACAGGAACAGGAAUACAGGAUACAAGGUACAGGGGCCCAUGGAAAACACACACCAAGGCCUUGACUGUGAGUCUGGCCAUUCCUUAA